AAUCCGCGAGGAAGGAAGGAACCGCGCGGCGGGGGUGAGCUUGGCAAAGGGUCGACUCGUUCGACGGUCGGUCUUGUUCGGUGACGCUCGGCUGGCCGGCGCCUACGUCGGCGUCGGCGCCAGCGUCGACGCCGGCGUUCUCCCCGAGCCCUGACGUAGCAAGAUGGCGGCGGCGUGUCGGAGGCGUCUCCGUCCGAACAGUGCUCGCCGUCGAGCAGUCCGCGUACGUCCGUAACAACGUUCCAUCGGCGUAUCAUCGGCGCAUCAGCGGCGCGUCGUCGGCGCAUCGUCGGCGCAUCGACGGCGUAAUCUCGAUGUUGUUGUUCGCGGGUUCCCAUCGUUCCCGCGUCGCACGGUGCCUUUCGUGUCUCUCGACGCCGGGGAGUAGCUGCCAACAACGUCACCAUCUUCGACGACGACGACGACGGCGACGACGACGACGGCGACGAAGAGUUCCCGAAGGAACGACUAUUUCUCGCAACGCCACGGCAACCCAGAGAAGCCGCGAUAACUACGAGGACCAAGACUCGCUUCUUUAACGCGCUACGAUCAACGCGAAGAGAAAAGAGCGAGCGAGCGUGUGUGUGUGUGUGUGUCUCUCUGUGUGCGUGUGUGAGAGAGAGAGAAAGAGAGAGAGAGAGAGAGGGAGAGGGAGAGGGAGAGAGAGAGAAACCGUGCGACUCCUACGCUCGCCCACCACCGACGUUUCUCCUCGUUCUACAGAGCGCGUUUCUGCUUUCGUUCUUCCCCUACCUCUCCUCGUCCUACCUCCCUACCUCCCACCUGCCUCUUCGUCCACUCCACUCCCCCUUACCCAGCCCCUCGCCCCAUCCCCCUCCGUCGCUAUCCUCUUCUUUCUCUCGCGCGCGCACACACGUAUUCACGGACGUACCGAGCGCCUACGAACGGAACGAACGGAUGCGCGCUUUCUCGCACGUAGGUGCUACGCGGAAAUCCCGUAUAUCUGGUCUCGUCUUUCUUCCGGCUCCCUCGCUCUCCCCGCGUCCGUUUUCCCUAAGCAUUUUUUCAGGAAAGUGCGCGGGGCGGAAAUGCGCGUAAGCGGUCGAGGCGCCUCGGAGCGACGACGCGAGAGAGGACGCGAGAAAGAACGCGAGGGAGGACGGUGGGACAGCCGGCGGUGGUUCGAGCUAGCUUGACGAGCGCACGAGAUCACCACGGUGUCACGAGAGCCGGCGUGUUCAGGCCGCCUUUUGCUACUAUGAUAGUAACGAGAAGCUUCUUACGGUGGGCGCUCCUCCCGAAGCGAGCGGCGCUCGGCCGAGUCUCUUCUUCCUCCUCCUCCUCCUCCUCCUCCUCCUCCACCUCUUCCUCUUGCCGCUGCUGCUGCUGCCGCUGCUCCUCCUCCUCCUCCUCCUCCACCUCCUCCUCCUCCUCCUCUUCCUCCGCCUCCUCCUUCGGCUCGGAGGACGACGUUGGACGACGACCGAGAGGACGCGAUAAUCGACGAGAGGAAAACGUGCACCGACGGCGAGCGAGCAUCACCGAUACUGCCGCUGCGAAGGCGAUGUUGCGUUUCUGCCCUCGGAAAUACGUGCGAGACGACGAGAGAGAUUACGAAGACGAGAGGCUGCCGGCGAGCGACGCCGACUACCCGGACGCCGGUACCGGCAUUCUGGCCAUCGACCUUCCAUCGAGCACGACUAUCCGCGAUUAUCGUUCUCAUCGCUACGACAACUAUUGUCGCUGCUAUAGCCGUGAUCGAGCUUUCAUCGUUGACCGAGCGAAACGCACGCGGAAAUCGCCUACGCACUCGCUAACGGCCAAAGAGGAUUCGCCGGGAGCUAGAAAGAAGCACGAGGAUAAAGGCAACUACUUCCGAGUCGGUGCGCCGGCUUGCGCGUGACCAAGAGCCGGCCCUCGUUACUACUUUUACCAACACGCUACGCGCCUAUCAGUCGAAGCGCGAUCGUUCCAACGACCGCCGUGUCUUUUCUCCUCCGUUCUCGUUACUACUUGUGCGCGCGCGACCUCGUCGAAUACCGAAGAAAAUUAGCGAUUUUUCUUCCUCGAUCUUCGCCACCCUUUCUUUCUUCUCUCUCUUUUCACGGCACGAACCACGAACGCGAUAUCUUUACGCCGCGCGAGUGCUGCUGCUGCAAGUGCCGGCUUUUCUCAAUGGUGCAGGUCGGUGCAUCAAACUCUUGAAAAGCGUCGCGAGUGCUGCGAAGACAUACAGAGAGAGAUAGAGAGGGAGAAGGAGAGACGGACAGAGACGGACAGGGACAGAGAGAGAGACAGAGACAGAGAGAGAGAGAGAGAGAGACAGACUGAAAACGAUAGAACUAUCGCAAUUUCUUCAAACACGGACGCAUCGUCUUCUUGUUGUGUAAAAGAGAGAGAGAGAGAGAGAGAGAGAGAGAGAGAGAGGGAGAGAGAGAGUGUGUGUAUAGUAGGGAGAAACGAGAGGAGCGCCUUCGGGAGUAUCUUUCUUUCUCUUUCUAUUCGCGUUACACUCUCCACGAACCUCCUCGCCCCUUUCCCCGGACUUCCUCUUAGUCCCUCUCCACCGCCACAUGUCACCGAAUUUCGAGCCAUAGCGUAUAUAUGUUUAUCGUAUUUCCCUUCUUUAUCUAUACCUGUAUAUGUAUGCCUAUGUAUAUAAGUGCACGUAUACCAAUAUAUUGUAUAUAUAUAUAUACAUACAUAUAUCACACGAACUCGUUAUAAAAUAUAAGGACGUGCGCGCGUUUGACGUGAGAUUAAAAGGCGUACAAAGUGCGAAAGCAGUCCGUUAACGAGAGAAAGAAGCAGAAAGAAGGGAGAAAAGUGUACCGCUUCUUCGUUUUCUUCGUCCAAAAAAGAAGAGAAAGGGAGAGACGGAGAGAGAGAGAGAGAGAGAGAGAGAGAGAGAGAGAGAAAGGAGGGGGCGGGGACGGGGAAAAUCGACGUUUCGUGCUCCGCUGGCGUCAUCGCUGCACGCUAAUCUGCCUUUUUUCCUACGUUAUCUUCGUACGUCGCAUCGAGUGCCGUUGGACGAAUAUUUCAAUGCGACUCCCUCGAUAAUAAAAGCCAAGCCGUACAGUUCGAGGACCUUCGACCAUGUCUCUUCUCAACGUCAGAGUGAAGAAGGCGCGGUUCGUCUGCGAGGAAGCGGAUGACUUCAAUUCGUACGUAACGCUGAAGCUGCAGAAUGUAAAGUCGACGACAGUCACCGUAAAGGGGGCCAAUCCAAGCUGGGAGCAAGAUUUCUUAUUCGAAACAAACGAUAUGAACGCUGGCCUGCUAGUAGAAGUUUGGUGCAAGGGAUUUCUCUGGGAUCGUUUUCUCGGUUACUACUUCAUCCCACUUUCGGAAGUGUCCUACAUGAACGAGGUAACGUCAAAUAAGACUUUCGAGACAUCGGCGUUAAAACAAGAGCAACGCGUAUCGUCCGAUAACAACAGCAAUACACAACCACUCGGCGACACUCGGACGGAGGGCUCUGGACAGUGGGUCGGCUUGGAUUCCGAGCUCGAAAUGAGGGGUGCCGAAAUCGUUGGCACGAAAAAGCCGACCGGUCACUCUCUUCUAAUAGACUGUCGAUUGGAGCUACCUUUCGUGUCUGACCAAUCAGGAAAGAGCGAUCGACGAACCGGAUGGAAAGCCCUGCUAACGAGCGAAACGGCAAUGCAGUUGCGAGCAGCUCGGCCCAUGUGUGGCUCAGACCCGGAGAACACGGAAGCGGCCGAUCUGCAGAGGAAACUGGAGAUGCUGAACAACAUGAUGGACCAGGAAGCACGGGCCGAACAGGCGCGCCGACAGAUAUUGUACAAUAUAGGCCACUCCGGUUAUUCGGAGGAUUCCGACUACACGUCGGACCUGAAUUAUCCAGUUGGAGGACAAGGGGCGAACAGCUCGGCCUCGCAGUUCCGUAGCGCGGCGAAUCAAUUGGCUACUCCUCAGAGGUCUCUCGAAACCUCCAGGGAAAACAGUUACGAGAGGGACGAUCAUCAGAUUCCAACGACGGUCGGUGGACGAUUAGCCAGCGGCGGUAGUUACGGCGGUGGUUAUGGCAGUCAAAGUCAUAGUCCGAGAUACGACGAGCCGUAUCCCGAGGAAUGUCUGCCUCAGCGAUACUCCGUACAGCAUUCUUCGGAAUGUUCCGAGCCACUCUUCUAUAAUAGUAGACCGAGACAUUACAAAGAAUACAGACGACGGAAGCACACAUGGGAUUACGAGGACAGUCAAGAUGGUUGGUACAGCGAGGGCUACGACUAUCACGGUACGCGGCUCGACGACACGAGGAUCUACAGCGACACCGAGUACUAUCCAAGUUCGACGACGACCACGUCGCGAAGAAGAGGUCCUCAGAGACGGCCGUCCUUGGAAAGACAGAUGACCCUCUACGACGAGCAUUCGUACUUCACCGAUGGCUACAGCAGCGACGGUAGAACGAGCAAGAUGAACGCCACUUAUCCGGAAUGUCAAACGGACAUCAGGUAUAACGAGUACUACGACACUAUAACGGGAUACGUGUAUCAAGAUGAAAGGUAUGGUCAGGACGACGAGGACAGACAGUGGGACAGCGGAGGGAAGUGGUAUUCGGGCACGAGCACUUACUACGAGAACAAACGGAAUAGGAAAACGCUUCCGCAAAGGCCUGCGUCGAGUAUCGGUAUUCAUCGACCCGAUUACAGGCCGACGGUCAUCAGGCAACGUAGCUACGACUCGGAGGAACUGGAUUACAGCGGUCACGAUCGUCGUAGAAAAGCGCUGCAGCCGCAGCAACGUCCAAUGUCUCGCCAGGAAGGAACCGGCAAGAAGCUACCUCCGACACCGACCAAACCGAGCAACGUCGUCGUUGGCCGUAAACUCGCCUCUCUACCUGCUACGCCGAGCAGACAACUGCCAAAGACUAGAACGCCCUCCGAGGAGAGCUACUACAAGUCUGACUACAACGAGGACUAUAAUUACGCUUAUCGCAGUCAGGACAAUUUGCCGCAAGACAACUCUCACCCCGCGAACCUGUACGCUACGCACCAGGAUUCUCUCGAUCAGGCGCACAUUUCUGGCAAGAAUCGGUAUACCGACAUGAGCCAGGACAAUCAAUACGCCAGCACUUACGGGGGCCAGCUCGACGAUCCGUACGCGUAUCAGCAAGAUUCGCAGACGCAAGACGCCUACGAUCGAUCCUACGUGCAAAACUCGUACAAGGACGAGUAUCGGCAAUCGUACGUGCAAGACAAGAACGUAGAUAUUUAUCAGAAAACGUACGAGGAAACGACUUAUCCUAACGCGAGCCAAGCGAACGACCAAUACACCGUUUUACCUAACGAUCAGUAUACGAAUAUCUCGAACGAUCAGUACGACAAGGGCCAGGACAUGAUAAUCGACAAUAAUUAUCAAGUCGAGAAUUAUGAUCGGAACAACGUCCAAUAUCAAGAGACCUAUAAUCAGGAGGAAACCUAUCAGAAACAGUACGACGAUUACGUUCCGUCGAGCGUCUACGACCAGAAUAACGUGUCGAACGCUUACAAUCAAUAUCAGCAAUACGAUUCCGAGUACAAUAUCAGUACGUCUACCGAUUAUCAAAACACCUAUCAAGAUAAUACGUACAAUGAAGUGCCUGUUACGACUCAAGAUAAUUAUCAGGAUGCUUAUAUUAAGCAACAGCAAGACGAUUAUACGAAUUACGACGUUCCUUAUACCAAAGAGGAGACCGUACCGACGACGUAUCAAAACGAUUAUCAAAAUCAAUAUGAAAAUUAUCAGGAGGAGCAAUACGACGAAUCUGCUUAUCCAGAAUCCUAUCAAGAAUCCUAUCAGGGAUCUUAUCACGACUCUUACGAGGAACGUUAUAAAGAAAGUUCGGCCGCUGUCGCGGAAAGGAGACAGAGCGAAGUGCCGGAAGUAUCCGUUACCACGCCGAAGGGUCAGACAAAAACCAACGGUUAUCCGUCUAGCGAGUCGGAAUAUUUGUACAAUCAGGAAAACGAGCAGGUUUCGCAGAUAGGUGCGUCUAGGAGGAAGAAGCUCGGUAAGCGCGAGCCCAGUCCGCUUUUGCAACAAAACACGGACUCGCUGGAAUCGAGGGACGACGAAUUAAAGGAUUCCUUCGAAACGGCCGUGAGUUCGGUCGAGAGUAGUCAACCUAGGAAAGCUUACAGCGAGUACUCGACCGCGGGUGACUCUAGUCCUGCCGCGACCACUCUGGUCGAUUCGCCCCAGAGUACGACGCAGCCACUUACGAGCAUGGUAAAUCACGUCGCGAGUAUGGAUAAUCACGUCGGCAGUAGCAGCAUCAUCACGGUUACAGCGACGGUUCAUUCUACCUCUGCCGCGAUAAAUGGCAAACGAUUGGCUCGAACGGAAUCGUAUCAGGAAGAAGCGAUCGAGGACGAGGAGUAUCCCGAAAUCAUUCCAACGGAGCCCCAGAGAAAGGAUUCUCAACUGUCCCAUCAGAGUCAGCUCAGUCAACACUCGAGUACGCAUUCCCAGAAACCCAAACUCACGAGAGGCGACUCUUACGCCUCCGAUCAUUUCCCCGAAGAGUCCUACAGUAGAAGAGGAUCUUACGCUCAGUCUAUCAGAAAGGAAUCCGUCUCUUCCGCCACGCAGGAAGCCUUCAAACCGCCUCUGACAAGGACCGAUUCGUAUCAGAGCAGAGGGACCGGUUACGCGCAAAAUUUCACCGCUCCCGAGCCAAUAUCAAGAGCCGAGGGUUAUCAGAGAGGUUACUUCAAGGAUCAGGAAACGAUUGACGAGAGCGAGAUUACGUUGAGCAAUCAGGUCAACGGGGAGUACAAAAUGAGGGACGAAACUCUCGACAGGUACGAACGCGGAGAGGAAGCGAUGAUUCGUAGCUCUCGAGAGAACUCGCUGCUCGAUGCGUACAAGACGUCUCCACCGUUGUCGCACACCGACAGUCCACGCGGGAGUAUAACGAAGCAAGCGUCGUUGGAGGAGAGCGUGCAAAUGGAUACACCGCCGCGAAGUCCACCGGAACCACCGCCCGACGAGGAACUCUUGGAGAUGGUCGGUGCCGUGCCCGUCCCAACGCAACUCAAGGAACGACCGGAGAUAAAGAUGACACCGCGGCAACGUUGGCACUGGGCCUACAACAAAAUCAUCAUACAAUUGAACGUGAGUACAAAAUCUUUGCGUUCGUCGACUCUCUUUACUCUUCCUUUUUUUUUGCUCGCGCAUCGCAACUGCCGGCGUACGUGAGAACGUUGAUGUGCAGGUGAGUCUUAUCGUUUAUUUUCAGUGCGCACGAUGCUUCGUCUCUUAAUUAUAAUUACAUGGGUAGAGAUAGAAUACGAUACGUUCGAUUACGUCACGGCGAGCAGAGUUUAGCCGCCACGCGAUAUGCCAUUCAACGUGCGACCUUCGACGAUCGUAGGUAGGAUAUCAAAAUUAAGAUAGGCACGACGCACGUCGCCUUGUUCUCAGCGAUCACGAACGAGCGUGACGGAAAGCGAAGCUUGACUCGAAACGUUUACGCGCUCUAAAGUAUACUCCUGCGUAUUUGCGUUGACUGGAUACAUACGUACGUAAGAGAAUCGUAAUUUAAGAUUAGUAAGUAAGAUAUUCCUUUAUUUUUGUUAUGACGAUAUUCCUUUUUUUGUUUCAUUCGUCAACAGAGAGACUAUGUAAAUGGUAUCGAUCCUUGUUUUUCUUUUUCACGAAAGAAGAAGGACGCGUAAGAACGCGGUCUUUCGUAAACACCUAGAAACCGAGCGAUUUCGUUUUCACGUGCUUUCAGUUUACUUACGUACAAACUCUGAACUGGGAAACAACAACGACGCAGCAACGACGGCAGUCAAACGGCUGCAAAACGGCUAACGACUAGCGAUUUACAUUUUACUCGCUCGUUGCGGUAUUCCCGCUGCUAAAUCGCCGUUAAAUCGUGACCGUCUCGAUUUACCCCCCGCUACGAAUACCAAAUACCCGAUUCGCAUAGCACGCACGACCAAUAUGUAUUUGGGUCGUUUCGGUCUCGUCACGUUUCCCCCUCUUUUUCCAGCGAUAUAUUUUCUUUUACCGCCUUUUAUCGGCUCGAUCCGAAACGAACGACUUCCGGCUGAUCUAUGAUCUCUUCCCUCGGCUAUGCGUAGUCCUGAAGCAUCUCGAUGAAGAAUUUCGGUGACUCUCGCCAUCGUAACGAAUCUAACUCGCACCAGGGAAAUCCAAUUUCCGUCGAAUCUUGUCGCGUUUACGGGUACGUUCCGUUUCCGAAAGCAAAAUUGACAUAUAUACCUACGGAUGAGACAUAAAUCUACAAGCGCGCGUACGUGUCGUUAAUUGCGUCAACGAAUUUCCACGAGUCGUCGUCGUCGUCGUCGUCGUCGUCGUCGUCGUCGACGUCGUCGGCGGCGACAGCGGCGUCGGCGUCGGCGUCGUCGUUUCCUUUCCGGAUUGAUGGAACCCUUAAUGAAGAAGAGGCCUUAACGGAUAACUAGUGUAAGAGAGUUCGCGCAACGAGAGUCGCGUCGAGAGUCGAACGACGCGAAGAAGAAAUAUAAUAGUUAUCGUCCGAUCGAACGCUACUCGCGUUCGCGAGCCGAAUUGUGGCUUUCGGAAUUAACGAGGAAGCCGCGAUUCGCCAUGUAUUUGCUCGUUGCCGAAUUGAUAAUCGGUAUUCAUUAAGUUAAUUCAUAGGCAUCGAUCUCCCGUUAUCGUAUACGUACACUCGUGCACGCGUGUACCUUCUUGGGGAAAUUUUGCAUAUGUGUCGAGAAGAACAAAUAUAUCGAGGUCGCGAGUUUGCGCUUUCGAGAGAUCGCUCGAAUAGGACGAAUCGAAUUGGAAAACGAGACGCGUUUUGGAACUCUCCAGUUUCGGUAAUCGAGUUUCUUCAAACUCGAGUUUCGAGAGUCGUUAAACGAUCGAGCCAAUCUUUGAAAAUUGAAUUUUCACACCUCCUCUUCGUGUUUGCACAAAAUCGUCGAUGUAUCGUUCGCCGAGAGAUCCUAACGAUGAAUCGUCGAACGACGUUUUUUCGGUCUUUUCGAUGACAUUCUCGUCGAUUAAACGCACCCGAUAGAGUUUCGUCUUUAGAAAUCGAUUCGAUCGAUCCGGGCGAAGGAAAUUUUCAAGAUCGCUCGACCUCUCUCUCGAAUUCGAGCGAAGGUUCUUCUAUGUUUCGCGCUUCGUCGACGAAUCGGAAUCGUUGUAACGCGGAGACAAAGACGAUCGAACGAUGAAAGUCGAAUCCGAUUCGUAUUUUAUAUAAACCGCCGACAACUUUUGGAAUCGUCGAUCCCAAUCGAGGAACGCCGAAGUCUGAAAAUUCGUUCGAAGGCAUUCCAUUCGAAAAUGGUAUAUAUAUUCGUCGACAUUAACAAACGCGAGUACUUAGAUAUCGGCCAAUUCGAAAUUACAUUCGGAAUUAUAUCAUUUUCUCUCAUUUCAUCGUAUUUUCUCUCUUUUCACUCUCUUUGUACAUCUACCUAUCUAUCUAUCUAUCUCUAUUCACCGGCCCUCUCUCAACGAGGUCAUUUUUUUUUUACUCGGUAUCAAUAUUAAUGCGUCUUCUGGGGAAAAGGCAGAUUAAAGCGGACGUCGCUGCGCUUCCAAGUUUUUCACCGUCCGAUGGAUCUUCGUCCUAACGCGACGCGAACGAAACGCGAUGCAAAUUCAUGGAUUUCCGAUUUCCAUUCUAUUCGGUCUCGUGCUUAAUUCGACGUUAAUGGCCGAAUUGUAAUUUUCAUAAUUCGAUUUUGUUUCGAACGGACUUGGAAAGGAGAGAAAAAUUCUUUACGUUUUUGAUUUUUUUUUCAACGCUAGAGAAAGAACACUGAACGAGAAAGUCCACGGCCUCGCGAAAAGGCGGCGGAAAAGAUUAUUUUCUCCUUUUUUAAGCGAUCACGUCAUCGUACGCCCCUUUUUUUCCAAGCUGACGUCUCAUAUAUCGCCGGUGUCGGGGCGAGUGCGCUAUGACAAGUGGAAGUAACUUUGUCGGCUUUCGCGCUCAUGACAGAGUGACGAGAUUAGUUUCACGCGAACAUAAGGUAUGCCGUGACGGUCCGUUCAAUCCCGAGGGAUUCAAAGAUUCCGACGAAAGAGAGAGAAGGAGCGUGUCAAAAUAGAAAAACGAGUAACAAUUGUCUAGGCGUCUAGGUGUUAUCUUUCUCCUCUCCUUUCUCGCGCGUUAAUACUCGAGACGAUUAAUACGGUUUGCUGUUUCGGUAAUACGAUUUGUGAUUCCAUUCAUUCGUCCGAUUUGUUUCCUUCGGUACAUAUCGCCUUCGAUAUCCAUACCUCUCUUAUUCCCGUAUUAAUUGGUGACAGAAUUCGAAGAAGAUGAGAAAAAAAUAAAAAGGAUCCCGGUUAGGUUUGAAAGGAAACGAAGAAAAUUCGUUCGUUUCGAAGUAGAAGACGGCCGAUCGGUAGAGGAUUUCGACUACUCGAACGACAAUGGAGAAUUAUUGGUUUUCCCUGUUGAAACUUUGUGACAAACUUCCGAUCGUUCGAGAUUACGAUACGAGAUGUAAAGUAACGACGAAGGUUGACGCGCGAGGCGAUCGAUGCGAUGCAGCUUCGAUUUUCGAGAGAGAUAUUUGAAAAACGAUUAAUUCGACGAAAGAAGAAAAGAAAAGGAAGUGCGAAUCGAUGUCGAAGGUCCGACUCUUAGAUUCAUAACUCCUUCGAUCGUUCGAUCUCGUUCCUUGUUCGCCGAUAUGCCGGUAUAUCGUUCCUUUUAUGUUACAUCUCUUUUUUACGCAUAUAUAGAGAACGUUCCGCUCUGAAAAAGUUCUUUUCUCGAGAAAGGACGUGCCAAUCUGCCGUUGUAUGGCCGUGCGAAUGUAACCGAGCGGAACGAUACUGCGUUUUCUUCAAACGAAUUCAUAGAAACGUCUUUUCGAUAGAAACCUUUGACCGAGAUAUCGGUGAAGUUUUUUCGUUUCAUAUCAUACUUUCGUCUUUGACAAUAACGAUUCGUUUGGUCGAUCGAACGUGCGCUUGAGCGCACCGCUUAUCAAAUCUAUCACGCCGUUUCUCUCCUUGGAUAAUUAUCGCUCCUAUCCGUCGAAUUAAUCCGAUCGGAUAAAAAAUACAUUAUCGUUCGGGAAAGUACGAGCGAUAGAUAUCAAUGUCAUUCUCGAUACCAGUCGAAGAACCAAACAGAAGAGUCUCGUAUUAUCGAUCUUUUCGUCGAAGGAGAGCGUGGCCGUGCUUUAAAUUUUACAAGUUCUCGCGCUCGUACUCUCGUUCGUCGUUUUCCUAUUGUCUUCCUCCUGUUCCUCCGCGAAUACUCGUGUCUUCGCUCGCUCUCUCUCUCUCUCUCUCUCUCUCUCUCUCUAUCUAUCUAUCUAUCUAUCUAUCUAUCUAUCUGUCUAUCUCUCUUUAUUCAUCCAUCCAUCCAUCCAUCUCGCGUCUCUACUUCCCCUUCCAUCGGUCCGUCCUCUUUCACUAUAUUCUUUCGUACUCUUUCCUUACCCAUCCCGCGCGUCUCACUUUCAACGAGGGCGAGAGAUACUAUGCUUUCAAACGCUUUUAAGUGCUUUCCGUUGUAGGUCGGAAUUCCCGAAAGUGUCUAGCCUAACGUAUCUACGUAGCUACAUGUGUGUACUGUCGCGUCCUUCAAGAUUUUGAUUCUCGCGUAUAGGGUUGAAACCGUAUACCGAGUCGAAUGUAACUUUUACUCGAGAUAAAAGGCGAGAAGCAUCUCGAUUCUUCUUCGAUUUUUCUCUCUCAUCCUUAUCGGGAAAGCGAAAGAACUAUCCAUUUUCUUUCCGAAUCCAAAUCGAAAAUCCUAAUUUUAUUGUACGUACAUUCGAUUUUCUUUCACUUUGGAAUAAUUACUGUCUAUUUUUGCGUAUCAAUUUGUCCAUUUAUUAGUCUACGUUUAGAGGAAGCAAGGCGUUCGCAGAACGAUACGGCGUGCGAUUUGUAGAAGCCCGAUAACGACGCACGCUAGUCUCGUAUACAUGUUGCUCCGUGACCUUUUGGCAAAGUUCCAAGCCACGAGUCGCCGGCAGGUCGUCGGCCAAUCGAAGCUCCCACGAAAAUCGAUCGUGAGUUCACGAGUCGAGGAUACGUAGUCCAAACGUGUGUUCGUUUCUCUCUCUCUUUCCUCUCUAUGUAUGACUUUUGAUAAAGAGUCCUAUCUUCCUUGUAGCCGCAUUAAACGAUGAAAUAAUUUGGUCGACUCGUAAAAUCUUAUGGGCUCGCGUUCGCCCUUUAAAAUUUCAUCGUAUUUAUUUAUUUUCUUUUUUUUUUCGUCAAAGAAAAGACAAGCUACGCGAUACUCGCGAUUAAGUAUCGUCGUAUUUUGUUGAUAUUAUUUACUAAACUUUUAUACUCGAGAGACACGACAGCGUGUGUGGUUAUCGGCGGACAAAAUCGAUCGACUCGUGGACCCUCGAGAAAAAGGAAAGGGACUCGGAGAGUCGUCUCGUUCUUACUAAUUGCUAACGAUUAUACUCCCGGUGGUUUGUUGCUUAAUCGAGUUAUUACUUAAUUAAGACAAGGAGAGAAGGUCGAAAAGUCGCGCGAGAACGACGACGGUGGGCAUUCUCAGUUAGAACGAAACAGAUGUCAACUGUGUAACGACAGGACAAUUAGAAUCGUCUCGUUUCGUCUCGUCUCGACUUUCCUCGUAUCGCUGACAAUUAGGAAGUUUAACGAGACUAUACAUUCACAGUUUCAUUUUCUACGGGCGUUUCUAAUUCGCGAACGAUCCUUCUCCUUUCCCGGACAACCGACGACGUUGCACGACUCUCUCGUUUAAUCCUAAUCGCUCAGUAUUUAACGAAAUUUAUACUUUUCCCAUGGAACGUCUUUUCGACGAGAGACCAAAUAUUCUUCAAUGCUUUUUCGAGUUGCUCUUUUAAUACCUUCGCGAAUACCUUUUAUCGGAGAUAAUCUAAAUAAUGCUUAAAUGGAUAUAGUGGGAUGAAUCGAGACGAAUCGUAAAUCUCGUUCGUUUUUUUUUUCAUGGAGUCUAUUUAUCCAUUGAUCCGAUUUUCAUUUAAAUUUCUGUAUUACUCUGUAUUACGUAGCCCCUCAAAUAUGAUGUAAUAUAAUAUAAUAUAAUAAAGGUCGAAUAUUGACGCGCGCGCCCAAGAGGAGAGAGAGAGA